UCCUCGACCGAGCGUAGGCGCAGUCUCUCAUCGUCAGUCUUUCUCGCCCCCAGCUUCGAGGGAGCACGCUUCCGGAGUCAGAUCUAUCUUGGAGUGUGUCCACCUCGUCUCAACCCUUAGCUGUCCUCGGUCACUGACCCGAUACAUAUCGGCCCGUUCUCGCAAUUCACGCGAUCUCUCACAGUUGUGCUGUGUGCGGUGUGGUCGCGAGAAGUGUUGUUUGCGAGGUGCUGCAUUUUCGGUAUCGCUGCACACCCAAGAAUAAAUAGAAAAUAUUUCGGUGCGAAUAUACCGUUGUUUCCCCUUUUUUCCACUGGUCAUUGUCAUUCCGUUCGUACAUACCACCCCUCUCUGAACUUUAUCGUUCUAUUAUUCGCACGAUUAUCGCUGGCUCGAGUCGCAACGCGCGACUGUACGCGAGACGAGUCUAUCGAGAGAAGCGUCGGGAAGCAUGGUGGAUCAACAGCAGCCGGACCAGCAACAGGAAGCCGUGCCAAGCGUGGUGGAGUUGAACGUGGGCGGUGUGUUUUAUACCACCGCUCUGACCACCCUUACCCGGGAAAGCGAUUCUCAUCUGGCCGCAUUGUUUUCGGGGAAAACGCCGGUAGAGAAAGAUGCGAAGGGGAAAUAUUUUCUGGAUCGAGACGGGGUACUGUUCCGUUACGUGCUUGAUUUUCUGCGCAAUCAAGCAUUGGUUCUGCCGGAGGGGUUUCGAGAGAAGGAGAGAUUGAGGCAGGAAGCAAAUUUUUACGGUCUGCCUGGAUUGGAACGUGCCAUUCUGGAGAACGGCAAGUCUUCCGGUUCCCUGACCUCUUCCGGGAAGAGAGCAUCCGGACACAUAACUGUCGGUUAUCGCGGAAGCUUUGCAUUCGGUCGCGAGGGUCUGGCGGAUGUAAAGUUUCGGAAGCUGUCGAGGAUCCUCGUAUGCGGUCGUGUCACCCUUUGUAGGGACGUGUUUGGGGAAACUCUGAACGAAAGCCGUGAUCCGGACCACGGCACUACGGAUCGUUACACCUCGAGAUUCUUCCUGAAGCACAGUUCCAUCGAGCAAGCUUUCGACAUGCUUCAAGAGCAAGGUUUUAAGUUGGCCGGUAGCUGCGGUUCCGGUACAGCUGGCGGCAAUUCGGAACAACUCAAGCCUGGAGUGGAUUUUGAGGAGAAUCGUUGGAAUCAUUACAACGAGUUCGUCUUUGUCCGCGAGUAAAUAGCAUACUUCGUUCUUCCUUGGUCUGAAUUAGAUGAACAAAUGGGAAUAGUUGUUGGGAAUAGUCGAAUUGUCCUUUCGACACGAUCGACCAAGAUCCAAUUCCAACAUCGAAAUAGAAUUCUCCGAUCUUCUCCGUCGGUGACGACGGCAAAGAGGGAAUUGGCUUCCUCGAGACUUUUCUUCUUCUUCUCGAACCGAGAUCGCAACCGGUAGGAUAAAAAGAGUAGAUGAACUUUUUUUUCGUCGUCAACGCACGACCAUUGUGCAUGCAUUAUUCAAAUUCGUCGAGCUAUUAUUGCAACGAUAAUGUCGAUCAAUUCCUCUUCCAAAUAUUCUUCCACCAACGGAUAUGGAAAGGAUGUUGACCAAAGAGGCACGUUGUCGUUAUUAAAUAUGGAUUGAAUCGAACGGAUGAAAUUCGUCCGCGAGCGGGGGAGUAGAGAUCUUCAUUGAAAUUAGCAGACUCGUCUCUAACGCGUGUAUUUCAACGUGGUGUUGAACAUCGGUUGAAAUACUUUGGGGAGGGGUGAAACAAAGCGAAGUUCACUUUGCUUAAUUUUGCGAUAAUUGGCGGUAGAGACAAAGGCCAAAGAAAGUUGGACGACUACGAAGAGAAUAACACUGGAUCGUCGGGUUUUUGCAAGUUUUGUUUCAUCGUUUCACUUCAGUUAACGAAGAAUGUAAAAAUUUUAUUGAUCUGUAAAAGAUCUCCCCUUGUUGUACCGAAGAGAACACGAAAGGAUUUUGAACAAUAAGGAAAAAUCAAUAUUUAAUCGCCAGAUUCGGAAAAAGCAUGAAAAGCAUUUACGAAAAUCCCUUCCAACUCUUCUCUUCCUCGUUUCUUUUUCAAGAUUCAAAUAUAUUCACUACAUAUUCUACGAUUCAUUCUUCGCGCUUAAUCGUUCGCUCGCUGAAUAUUAUAUUCUCCCAGAUUGAAUCGAAAAAACUUUUCCCCCCUCGAAAAAUAUGAUCUAAAGUUUGAUAUUGAUGAUCGGAGAGACACGUUGAGAAUGCAUUCUUCUUCCUUCAUCGUUCGAGAGGAACGGGAUGCCGGGAUAUUUCCAAGGAUAGAACGAAGAUGGAAUGCGUCUUUUCCGAUUUUCCACUCGCCAUCGAUACAAAUCAAAGAGGAAAUUUCAAAUAAGGGAAAUUUUAACAAGACCAAGUAGCGUAAAGCAAAUCGAUAAAAUAUCUGACAUUGAAAUUAUUUUAAAACGGGUAUCGAAACUGUUGUACGAAGAAUUGUACAAGAUUCCAAGAACAGGGUGUACACCUUUAAAUUUCUCUACUAAAUGAUAAAAAAAAAAAAAAAAAAAAACAAUUCGUUCAUCUAUAUCGAUACAUAACUAUUAUCAUCUCAGACAAAGCUGAAAGGAAAACGGAGGAUGGAUUGGAUCGAAGAUUCAGCUUCAGACAACGCUGGUCGACUGUUCGAGGUUGAAUUUGAUAUUGGACAGUUUGCGGGUGUUAUAUUGGAACAAGCCUCGUGCAACGUAAAUUGUGUGUACGUACAAGCCAGCAACGGUGUUGAACACGUGUCGAGCGAUUUCGAGUAACGCGUAUAUCGAGAACGCAUCUCUUCGAUAUUCAUUCUUUGUUAGACUCUUUAUCGCGCGCGACUGGUCUUCGUUUUCGCGUGCAUGAAUUUGUGCAGUGUAAGUAAUACAGAAAUUGCACUCGCUUUCGACAUUUCCGCGUCGCGUGUAGCACGUGCGGCUACACGUAUUUAUUUCUUACUUAACACUUUAGACAAAUAAUAAUUGAAUUACACUUCUCACGCGUUCUCGCGUCUACGAUCGUGCAGAAAUUCGAUCGAAUUCUCUGUCUCAUCUCGAUUAGAAAACUGCUUAAACGAUUAAUUCGUAAGAACGCUCGAUGAACUUUUUGAACGAGUAUUUAGCGGCGGGAAAAAGGGAGAAACGGAAUUAUCGUCGACAAUGCGACGUAUGGGAACUUUGAUUUUUCGAAUUUUCCUUUGCUUCUUCUUGUGGUUUACUUUUUCGUGAAACGAGUUUUAGGUAAACUAAAUUCUCUGCGUUUUAUCGAUAGAUUAAUUAGAUUUAGUUAGUUAGAUUGUCGCGAAAUAAUUUCUAAGAUAAUGUUCUGAUAUCAAAUAUUUCCAAAAAUUCGUUCACUCGUUCACUGGAAUGAAAACAAUUUAUUACGCAAUUUAUUGGAAAUAAAUUGAAAAUAUUUUUGCUGGAAAAGAAUUCUGCGUUUCCAGAGAAUUUCGUAGAAAAAUUUUAAUGUUUCUGGAUUGGAAAAGAUCGGGGAAACGGCGAACGCACAGGUAUUCUUCGAAAUUCUUUCGAAACGGCCGCAAUUUUUCAACAUGAACGCUUGCGAUCGUGUCACGAUUAAGUAAAUUCUUUCCGCCCGAGAGGAUUCAAAUACCCGAAUCCAUCCUAAGAUUCGCAGAAAAUUUUUUUUCACCCUUCCCACUCUUUCACCCAUUUUCCCGUUUUCCAUUUCAAUCGGCACGCAGGCAACUUGAAUCGAUCACAGUUUCCGCGCGAUCGUUUUCGAGCGAGACAAUCUUAUCGCCGACUCACGCGAGCAUAGAUUCCUUUCUUCCGACACACUAGUUCUUAUUAGAUUCCGGAUAGAAUUAUUUACGACGUCGUGUUGCGUUCGUUUCAAAUCGACUGCUCGCGACCACGGAUGCGAGUAACGGCGCACGGAUCGUUUAGAUAGCUCGAAUAGAUUUGCAAAAUGGUAGAACGUAAAACCGGAUAUCGAAAGCUCAAACAAGUUCAAAGUUAAAUCGGAUAGAAAAGGAAAGAAGUAGCGAUCGAUGCGAUUCGUAUGUUGAUUUAUUAUUAACCCUCCGUACGGAUUCAUUUUUUUUCUCCCCCUCCUAGGAUAUAUUUUAAAUAAUUGUCAAAAUAAAUUCGACAAUGUUACACCUCUGUGUGAAAAAUAAUUAAAACUGCAGUGGGUUAAUAUUUCUAUCCGAAUUAUUUAAAUCGGUCUUCCCUUCGAAUAUUUUACGCCCACCACAUUAAAUCGAUUUUCGAACGAGAUUUUUUCUUUUCCUUCUCGAUUUUUCUCGACAUUGUAAUCCUCCAUUCUCGCUCAAGUUCAGUUGCAUGAAACGUGGAGGCGCAAAAAGCCUCCGCUUUCAGCCGGAACAUCGAAAUUCGGCAAGAACAAAGACGAUCACACGGUUCAUCGGCAACACGAUGACGUGUCAAAGGACGCAAAGGCACGGACGGCCGACUCGAGAAUUGGUAGAAUUCGACGAGAAAUUGGUGGAAUCGAUGAUGUAAAUCAUCGGCUCGCCGCGAAACGCGAAAACGGAGGGAGGUUCGCUCUCCGCAAAAUGCAAAGUGUCACUUGCACGCCCGGAUAAAUCGACCGCGACUAUUUAUGAGGGGAUCGAUGAAAUGGCACGCGUGCAUCGAACGUUGUUUUUCGUCUUCCUGUAGGAUCCGCCUUUUUCUAAACUUGAUUUCGUUCGAGACGAGAAACGUUCGCGCGAAAUAUAUAUAUAUAUACAUAGGCCAGGUGCAUCGGAACGAAUCGAGAGCGUGAAAUGUCGAAAGUAUAGGCGAAGCUACGUACUCAAAUUUGACAUAUCAUUGUCGAUCUUUUUAUCGGAUUUAAUAGGAUAUUGAAUUAUUAGUAAUUUAGCGUUUAGCGAGAAUUAACGUAGUUUCGCGUUUGGUCGCGAAUUUGGUGCGUAGUAUAUGCAUCGAUUUUUGAAAAGCAAAUUUUUAUGCGAUUGUCUUUGAAACAUUCGAUAGAGCGUGGAUGAGAAAUUUAAAAAAAAAAAAAAAUAGAGGAAAUAAAUAUGUAAAUACAUGUAAAAUAUUUAAAAGGAAAACAAAAUUUUUAAUUCAUUUUUUCGAAUAUACAAAAGUAUGAAUUUACGUAAAAGAAAGGAUUCAUUUCAUACAAAUUAGAAGAAUACCAGCAUCGAUCAUUUAUCGUUUAAAAUUUCGUUUCUCUUGUAGAAAUCUCUGCAAGAUUUACUACUUACAUUUGGAAUAAUUUUACAAUGACGUAUGAUCGGUGGGUAGAAUCUGAAAAGGUACAAAAUGGAACUCGAGAUAGGUCAGUGGUCAGAUAUCACGCGGGGAAUUCCACGAAUCAUGCAAAUCCAAUUGGCCACAUUCCCAAUCCUGAUGUACCUGGCGUGUCGGGCUAAGCUCGAAGGGAUCCUCGAGUACAUCUCGACGGUAUCGGUUACCUCGGAUUUAUCUCGUUCGAGCCGUUUCCGUUCCACGAAUUUUUGCAAUUCAAAAGCGAACGAUCUGGAAUAUCACGCGGACGUAUGAUCUUCCGACGAAAUCGACGAAAAAAUCGAUUGGAAUUUCUAUUCUAAUUCGUAGAUUAGAGGAGGUCUACUCUCGAAAAGAAGUUUCGAGUAAAUCUAGAAAAUCGAUCGAACGAAUAGUUCAACAGUUCUCCACGAUUCUUGUUCGCUCGAACGUCUCGUCUCUUCUUUCCUUCCGAUCGAAAUAAAUUCAUCAAAUAGAGAAGGAUUGCGAGGAUCUCUGACGAACGAACGCGCCGAAACGUGAACGCUCGAGUGAUGGUACGCGAAUUUUAUUGCACAAUUAUUACGAAGCCGUGCUACAUUAUUCGACGGACAUCCGUCGAUCAAAUUUUUUCGUAAAAUUUCAAUUUGGAAAUCGCUCUGUUCUCUUUUAGAGAUAUAUUUAAAUUCAUGGCUCGUCCAAAUGAAAAUUCGGAUCUCGAGGGGUCGGCGAAGAUUAAAUUGAAAAUUGAAAAACAUUCUACCCCUAUAUUCUCUUCCAUCCGACCCCUCGUUGAUCUUUCCACCUUUCCGUCUCGUCGACGUGUCAGACUUGUUAAAAAUUAAAAAAAAAAAAAAAAAAACACACGGUGUCUCCGAUUGAAAUUCGCGUUUCCUCCUUUAUUUCCAUCUACGCUUGUUUGCCGACGCGAGAAUCCACUUUCGAGCCGCGUUUGUUUCCUCGAGAGAGUAUUGCGCGGCUUCACGAGGAUGUUACGGAUGUAGCGUGUAAGACGAAUGCUAGACGUUGUGACGAUACUGGAUCAUUGUACAUGUAUAUACAUAAAUCGAGAGAGGAAAAAUAAAAAAGAGUAAUACGACGAGCGAGUGGAAUUACUUCUCCCCGAGAUUUGUCCCUCUUUCUCAUUUGUCUCCCUCCCCUGCUUUUCGUGGAUUGAACGUAAGCCGGAUCGUGAAUUAGAGUGGAUGAUAACACUUGGUACUUGUGCUACUUUCAACGUAUGAAGCAAUUUCAAACGCGAUGAGGGUAUACCCAUAUGCUCGAAUGUAUUCUUAGUUUCAAUUGUUUCUUUAACUUGCAAUCUUACUUGCGAUUUACGAUCUUGGUACGAUGUCGAUAUAUUGGAAUGAAAUAACACCGUUAAUUAAAUUUAUUUUUAAAAUAUGAAUUAUAUUUAUAGAUCGAUUAAUCCGAGUUAAAGUUAUGUGUAUUUUUUUUAUUUUGGAAAAAUAG